UGUAUGUCUUCCUUCCCAUAUCAAAAAUUAAUACUGAGUUAAUGCAUAUUAUAAUACAUUCAUUAAUAUAGGCUGUGGUUAACCUUAAUAACUUGCAUCAGAAGACGGAACAAGCUUUAUAUUGCCCCGCAAUAAGCUGUCCCGCGCAUAUCCGCAACUGCGAGUAAUUGCCGAUCUGGUUAACCUAAUGCAUUAAGCACAUCAACGUCAUGCGCGGUUUGUCUCUCAACUUUUAAACAGUUGCGUCUCAUUUUUCCCGUUUUCAACUAGCGAAUAUUUUGUCGGGACUAAAAAUUAGCUGCUCAUUUAUUUGUAAUACCUAGCACUUCGUGGUGGUGUAUCGAAUCAGAAUAGUAGACAUGGCAGAGUCUUCUCAACCCCUCCGGAUCGGUUUCGUACCGGAGCACUUUUCCACGCCGCUCUACUUCGCCCAGAAGCAUUUCGGUCUCACAGCCACACUGAUUCCGUUCCCCUCCGGAACGGGCCAUAUGAUUACAGCUAUCCGGUCCGGCGAGAUCGAUGUCGGUAUUGGCUUGACGGAAGCUUGGGUUGCGGGUCUUGGCAAGGAAGAUACGCCUGGUGAUGGCGGCUACCGCAUCGUCGGGACUUACGUUGAAACCCCUCUCUGCUGGGCAAUUUCGACUGGCGCCAAACGGCCCGAGAUCACUUCCGUGUCCUCAUUGAAGGGGUCUAAGAUCGGGAUCUCACGCAUCGGCUCCGGCAGCCAAGUAAUGGGCUACGUAUUAGCCGACCAGCAGGGCUGGUUGACGCCUGGUGCAUCGCCGUACUCAGACUUCGUAGUACUGCAGAACUUCGCGAACCUCCGGAAAGCGGUUAACGACGGCACAGCCGACUUCUUCAUGUGGGAGCACUUCACGUCGAAGCGGUACUACGAUAGCGGGGAGAUCCGACGGGUAGGUGAGAUCUACACGCCGUGGAGCAGCUGGAAGAUUGUGGCGUCGACGGCGCUGCUGCCGGAGCAAAACCCAGAUAAGCGACUCUUAGACCUAUUUAAGAAGCUAGAUGAGGGCAUCAACUACUUCUCUUCGCAUUAUGAUGAGGCCGUCAAGUAUAUCAGCACCGAGCUUGAUUAUUCAGAGGCUGAUGCGAGGGAGUGGUUGAGCACGGUACGGUUCGCUACCAAGACAGAAGGCGUGGACUUGAAGGUGAUCCAGAGCUGUGUUAAUAUCUUGCGCAAAGCGGGAGUUUUGGCUGAGGGCAAGGGUUUACAGCCGGAGAGCAUGCUGGCUAACGGAUUAGGUGCGCAAUUCCCGCAAUAAGUCCCAUGGCAUUUUCAUAGAAAAAUAAGAAUACAAGGUCUCUAAAAAAGGGGAGAGAUUGUGUCCCCUUAUUCUUAUUUGUUUAUUAUCUACCUACCUAGGUACCUACAUUUUGAUCUUGCAUCGUACCAAGCCUUUAGGAUCGCAAUGCGACAUAUAUAG